AUGAAGCUGUUGCAAUUUGGUGCCAAGAAGCAAGAGUCUAAACCCUCCAUGGAGAGAUCGAAAUCUCCUUUGAGGCCAUUUUCUGUGUUUCGCUCACCGAAGAGGUCACCAAAAGAAGUUGAGAGUCAGUCUUCGGUGGAAAUUGCACGAAUUCCGAUGAACUUUUCGCCACUGGUGAUGGGAACGCUGAUCCCUCCACAUUCGAGCCCGUUGACAUCGCAAAAACUCUCGCCGGGAUCAUUGAUACCUCCCGUUUCGUUGAUCCCUCCUCCAGCUAAGAGAACUACACACUCAAGUCCUUUGCAAGAACAAAAGUUGUCACCGGGUUCCUUGAUUCCUCCAGAAACAAAACGAACUACUCAUUCGAGUCCUUUUUCAACGGAAAAAUUCUCGCCCAAAGCCAAAGCAAUGAUGCUGCCAGCAAGAGCUGUGAUAGAUCAAGAAAAAGUCGAAAACAAUGAAAAUUUGGAUUUCUUGAAGAGACUUGAGAGAUCUGAUCGGAGCCGUCCUGCUGAUUUGAUGAUCGCGACUCCGAAUUACUUUGCUCCUCCCAAAGAAAUUAAGAUCAAUCGAAACGCUGAACCGCCAAGUCCGAUGAGGGAUCCCGACAUGAGCGCUCCUAGACCAUCUGAAAGGAAACCGCUCUCAAAUCUGCUCAAUUCACCUGGUCGUGUUGUUCCACCUGAGAUUGGAGAGCCUCUUGGUGAUAUUGGUAUGAAGACACAGUUAUGGGACGCCCAACGAUUAGUCCGCGUCAUAUUGGGCAGUGCAACCGGUGAUGACCCACUGGAUUCAGGCAGUAUUCUGAAAGCCAUCCGAACAUUUGCGCUCAUGAAAGCAGAACUAACACAGCUGAGACAGCAACAAGAACAUCUAGAUCCUCCUGCCAUUAUGCCUCUUAUGACACCUUCAACCUGCGCCACCAAUCUUUUCGCUGAAUCAACGCCACAAAACCAAGCACAACAUAUGAAGGAUACAUCACCGUGGCGAAAGACUCCACCUUCCAAUGAUGUACAUAGGAGAGGAUUGAUUGAAGCUGCAAAAAAGAUCCAAAGCCUCGAGGAAGAAUUGGAGUAUAUGAAAAAUAUGAUGGCGAAAAUGCAAGACGUGACAAGUGACAAGGAGGCCCUCCUCAACCGAGCAAAAGAAGACAAUGAAGAACUGUGUCAACAGAUUCGGACAACCAAGGAGCGACUAUCACAGCAAAGGGAGCAAGCCAACAAAUCGAAAGAACAAAAAGACUUUAGAAUGUUCAAGCUUGAAAAAUCCAACCGGAGAAUGUAUGAUGACAUUGUUCAGGUAGUCGAGGAUUUGGAACAAUCGAAUCUUGAAACAUCGAAGAACCAGACACUUUCGAUCAUGCAAAAAGAGCUUGCUCGUUACAAAGAACAGCGCCUAUCGAUAAUCGCAACGCUCAAGGCAAGCAUUCAAUCAUCAUCUGAUCUCCAAAUGAAGUGCAAUAUUCAAGAAGGAUCAGAAAAACUGAAACAGCUAAAAGACGAGCAUGAAGGCAUCGUGUCAACGAUCCGGCUGAUUGAAGAUUUCAAUUUUGGUCUUCUAUAG